AUGUUGCAAAAGGUUUUGCUUUUAUCUCUAGUUAUUAUAAGUACUGAAGCAAAGAUCUAUCGACCCUACCAAGAGGUUGCUCAGCCCCAGCCUUAUGAUUUCGGUUACGAGAUUAACGACAAGAAAAGUGGCAGUAACCAGUUUCGCAAGGAGCAGUCAGAUAGUCAUGGUGGUGUCAGGGGUUCUUAUGGCUAUACCGAUGCUAGCGGCAUCUAUCGACAGGUAGACUACAUAGCUGAUCAUAAUGGAUAUCGUGCUGUGGUGAAGACCAACGAGCCCGGUACAUCCAACCAAGAUUCGGCGGGGGUGAAAGUGCUGAAAGAACCAACACCCCCUCUCCACCAUCUUGUGCCUACUGCUGCUAAACCACAAAUCUAUCCUUCCCCAAACUAUAGGGCUUUAAACCCUAUUCAUGCUGGUCAUAAUCCUCACUACGGUUACAACUCCUUAGAAUACGGCCACCCUAACAAUUAUCACCCUCCAUUGAAUUCCCGUUUCAUAUAUCCGUAUUAUGGAUAUCAGAAUUAUUACUAA